AUGUCUCAUGACAGUUAUGUACAGAAAGCGAAUGUCAUGUUGGAGUGUCGGGAUAGUUAUGAGCGCUGUGACGUGAAGGUAGAAGACCUUGACAAACACACACGCAAGAAAGUCGCUGAGAUCACCCAACACAAGCUACCACAACCACUCGCCAAAGCCAUUCUCCCACAUAACUCACGACUGAGCCAAUUCUACGGUCUACCCAAAGACCACAAGCCAGGUCUUCCGCUGCGCCCAGUUGUGUCUACGUGCGGUUCGUCAAUGGAUAAUGUCUCCUUGUUACUGGAACGUAUCCUCAAUCAGUUGUUGAAGUUCGUUCCAGCACAUUUGACCAGUACAAAGGAGUGUAUUGACGUGUUUAGUGAUGUUGGUGUUCUUCCCGAUGAUUGUAUCAUUGCCUCACUGGAUGUUGUCUCGUUGUAUUCUAACAUACCAGUUGUCGAGAGCAUUGAUGUCGUCAUGGAGUUCUUGGAGUUGCAUCGGAAGGAAGUAGAUAUGUUUCACCUGUCACUGUCGGAUGUUCGGGAGCUCCUGUCAGUCGUGUUAUCGUCCAACUACUUCGAAUUUGACGGUGUCCAGUACAGGCAGCGGAAAGGCCUGGCAAUGGGCAACCAUCUCGCACCCCCAAUGGCAAUCAUUUUCAUGUCGAAGCGGGAGUCGGAGGCGAUGGCUAUGUUUCCGUGGAAGCCUCGCUUGUAUCGUCGCUACAUCGAUGAUUGUCUGGUAGUAUGGUGUCAUGGUCUUGUCAAGUUGAUGAAGUUCGUGCAGUACUUGAGCAGCAGACACCCAGACAUACGCUUCACAGUAGAACACACCCAGCAGAAUGUCUCGCACACAGUGAGCUACCUCGACUUGUCUAUUUCUGUGGCGAGUGGUGUUGUGCAGUGGGAGUUGUUCGUUAAGCCCAGUCAUAGUGGUGUCCAUCUAUGGUACGAGUCUUCAUUGCCAUUGGGGUGA